GUCAAACACCUAACAUUAUGCCAUUAAAUGAAAGGUAUUUUGUUGAGUUUAUUUAUAAUAGUCGUAAUACUUGGUUGAUCUUAUUUUGUGUGACAUGGAGUCCCGAAUGUUUAACAUUUAUGCCUGAAUUCGAGUUGACUGCAAAACAAUUAGAAAAUUCUCUCAAAUUUGGUACGGUGGACUGUGAUGAUGAAAAGAAUUUGGCAAAAAUUUACAAUGUUGUCAAUUAUCCCACCGUUUAUUUAUUUCCUGCGGAAUCUUUGGAAUCACUACUAUUUAAGGGCAACAAUACAGCCACCGAUUUAUUGGAUUUUAUAGCUAGUAAAACAACUACAGUUCUGUAUAACACAAAUUCUCAAAAUGGAUUUGAUGUUAUUAAUAUUACGGACUACAAUGUAAAAGAGAAUGUCUACAAUUCAAAUUUUCAUUGGAUGAUUCAAUUUUACAUUCCCGACUGUCACGACUGUGAAGAAUUACGGCCCCAUUGGACGAAAGCUGCUGCAGAAUUACAAGGAAAAGUAAAAUUCGGUCAAGUAAACCUAGCUGAGAAUCGUUACUUAAAAAAGAGAAUUUUGGAAAGAAAUUUCCCAUCCAUAAGAUAUUUUCCUCCGGAUGCGGACAUCAGAUUUCUUGGUGUGGAAUAUGAUGGUUCAUAUGAUUACAAAAGUAUAAUACAGUGGACGUCGAAUAUAAUGUUUAACAUAUCAAAUCCUGACAUUGUGGAAAUCACAAACGAAGGCAUUUUAAUUAAUACCUGCCACAACGUAGUACUAUGCAUAAUCACAAUUUUGCCUAAGAUUAAUCAAUGUCCAACCAUGUGUCGUAUAAAGUACCUUAAUAUUUUAAAAAAUGCCGCCAUAAAUUUAAAGUCCAAAUUUUGGGGGUAUCUAUGGAGUGUGGAAGGUGAUCAGAUCUAUUUAGAGCAAGCUUUGCAAGGACCCACAGCCCAUAAGUAUCCCAAAUUGUUUGCAGUAAAUUGGUUACUGCGAACUUGCGCCGAGUUUAAUGGAAAUUUUUCGGAAAAAACAAUCAUGGCUUUUUUGAUUAAAGUGUAUGGAGGUAAAGAGCCUGUUUAUGUACCAAAAGCCGAUUCUAUUCCGUAUAUUAGAAAUGUACAGCCGUGGAAUUGGAAAGACUCGGAUACGCCGGUGAUAGAACAUCCGGAUAAUCACGAUGAAAGCGAAUUUUAAUAUAUUUAAUAAUUUUAUAUAUUGUUUAGCGUUUUGUUAAAAAAUUAAUGAUGAUGUAAAUAAUGUUAAAUUAUUUACACAUAUGAUAGAGA